UCUGGAGGCUUUCUCCCAAUGCAUUUAGGAAUGCUGCUCUCGCUUGAGACUUGCCUGCAAUGUAUUCGAGGUCGGCGCUCGCGGAUGAGACUCCGUCCCGAUUUGUUCGGGAGUCGCGUCUGUGCUUCUCAGGAAUCGCGAGGGCCGUACACGCGGGGUUGUUCGCAUGCCGCCGGCAUCAACGGCGGUCGUGAUCGUGCCCCUGCCCCGAGACUGGCCUGCGAGGUUCGUCGCGCCGAGCGAGUAUGGCGAUGGAGGAGUUGGUAAUCGUCGUCGUGGCCAUGGAGGUCAUUGCGGAGGUGGCGGCAGUGAGACUCGCCGUGGUGGCGAAGGCGAGCGGGUCUGGAUGCUCACGCUGGAGGACGAUGCGACGGACGCCGAGCUGAGCCAAGUCCGAGACGCCUGAAGUCCAUCCGUCGGCGCAGCAGACCCACCCGGACAGGGGCGAGAUUCCGUUCGUGGAGGGGCGCUUGACAGCAGACGAACUCUUGGCGCUGCUGGAGAAGUUCCGUGGGCGCAUCAAGUUCGUCGAAGAGGACCCGUUCCAGCAAAGGGUCACGGAGCAUGUCGAGCUAGCCGUUUCAGGCGAGGCACGGCGGUCUUACCCGUGGGGCAUCGCGUCGAUCGAUGCUCACGUGAUCCGAGGGCGAGGUGCGGGAGUGAACGUAUACGUCCUGGACACAGGCAUUCGCACAACCCAUGUCACCUUCGGCGGCAGGGCCUUUGCUGGAGUGGACGUGGCCAGCACGGGGCUCUUGACGGUGUGCACACCAACCAGCACAACCUGCGCUACAGACAACCAUUAUCACGGCACCCACUGCGCGGGCACGGUGGGGGCCGAGACUUAUGGCGUCGCGGACGGCGCGAAACUCUGGGCAAUGAAGGUCCUCUCUGACACCGGCAGCGGUUACGUUUCAUGGUCCGUUCUUGCCGAGCAGUGGAUUCUGUCGUACGGCCUGAGGCCAGCAGUGGUCAGCGCGAGUAUCGGGGGCGCUGGGAAUUCCCUGACGGAGCAGGUAUCGAUCGACGCGUUGGUAACUGAUGGCGUCACCGUUGUGGUGGCCGCAGGGAAUGAAAACGCAGAUGCCUGCAGCUACAAUCCGGCUUGGAUCCCGUCGGCGAUCACCGUGGCUUCUUAUGGAGGUGCUUCAGGUUCGUCAUCGGACAAGUCUGGUUUCAGCAAUUACGGUUCUUGCAUCGAUGUCUGGGCGCCUGGCACGAACGUCCUCUCGGCGUACCACAUUGAUGACGUUUCGCUGGCUUACUCUUCGGGUACGUCCAUGGCCUGUCCGCACGUCUCUGGGCUCGCGGCGAUUAUGUACGAGGCGCACCCUACAGCGGGAUCCAUGACUGCUGCUCAGAGGUGGGAUCUUAUCACGGCAUCGAAGCGAGAGAAUUGGGUCACCAAUAUACCUGCGAGCCCAGCCAGUGUCAACUUGGUUGCCCUCGCACCCACAGGCGCACCGACGCCCGCGGUGACGCUCAGCCCGACGUCUUAUCCAACGCCCAGCCCGACGCCCAGCCCGACGCCCAGCCCGACGCCCAGUCCGACGCCCAGUCCGACGCCCAGUCCUACGCCGAGCCCAACGCCCAGCCCGACGCCCAGCCCAACUGCGCCGCUGUAUUGUCUGCAGAUUGUCACUGGCACUGGAUAUGCCAAUGAUGGCAGCGUUGACGUGAACGUGGAUGUGGGCAGUGGACUUGUGCAAGAGGCCUCCGGGUUCUUUGCCCUAGGUGUAACAGUGCUCUCAAAGUGUUUUUCCAGCGCGAUCCUGGCGCUGCAGAUGCACAAUCCAACAACGGAUGCCUGGGCAGGAAGCAUGCUGUAUUCCACAGAUGGUGGCAACACGUACGUAGCUGUUGCAUGCGCAGAUUGUUCGGGGACUACAGAUUCAGGCUCCAUGGUUUUCGAUGGAAACACCGAUGGAGCCAACCAGGCUUCGACUCAGUGCCUCAAUGGUAAUUCGUGCAGCUUCAUUAUGCCGACUCUUGCGCCAACGAUGGCGGCACCGAAUCCUGGAGGGGUCGGCGCCACCGGCGAUCCCCACCUUCAGAAUAUUCACGGUGAGCGGUUUGAUCUGAUGCAGCCAGGGGUUCAUGUUCUGAUACACAUCCCUCGUGGAGAGCGCGCCGAUAACGCACUUCUUCGCGUGCAGGCCGAUGCGCAAAGAUUGGGUGGACAGUGCACGGAUAUGUACUUCCAAGAGGUCAAUAUUACUGGGGUGUGGGCAGCUGCGAACGCGAAGCAUAUUGGUGGUCUUCGCUACCGCGCCCAGGACGUCGGCGGCAAACGAGCCCAGUGGAUGCGCUUCGGGCCUGUGCAGCUGAAGGUCGUCCAUGGACACACGCGGCAUGGUCUGAGGUAUCUGAACCUGUACGUGAAGAGCCUUGGGCGUGCUGGGUUCGCGGUCGGAGGCUUACUUGGAGAAGACGACCACUCCGAGGAGGUGAUCCCUCAGGAGGAGUGCACCCACCGCAUGGCCCUGAGCCUGUAGUGUGGCAGGUUUCUGCCCCAGGAGGCCAUUCUGACUUCAACAACUCUGCCCCGGGCCCCGACGGCAUUCUUUUCAUGGCUUGAAGACGUUGCGCCAAGUUCUCGGCCGGCGUUCUGUUGGACGUCGCCCGCUUCCUCGGCGACGUAGGCCUAGAGGGCGUGGACGCGAAGCUCAACGAAGAUUUUAACCACAUAUUGUUGUUCUUUCUCCCUAAGAAGCCUUCCAGCACGGCGUCCAACAGCGAGGGCCUCUACGAGCCCCCCAACGUCCGCCCGCUUAACGUGACCAACGCGGACAACAGGCUGAUCGCAAACGCGGUGCGUAUUCUCAUUGAGCCCAUCGUCGGCCCGAAAAUCACGUUCACGCAGCUUGGCUUUGUGGGAGGGCGCUCGAUGCUUGCCAAUUUGGUCGGCAUCGAUGAGGUCACAGUUGAGGCUGCUUGCGUUUCCGACGAGGCAGCGGCGCUGUUCUUCGACUUCGCCGCGGCCUUCCCGUCGGUGGAGCACGAGUUCCUGUUCAAGGUUUUCUCUCGGCUUGGCUGGCCCACCUGGCUGCUGAAUGUGAUCUUGUUCUUCUACUCCAACAACGUGUGCACCAUCGUUCUCGCGGGGGCACGACGCGCUGGAUUUCCGAUUUCCCGGGGGGUCCGCCAAGGCUGCCCGCUCUCACCUUUGUUACUUGCAAUUGCAUCUGACAUACUUCUCCGUCGCAUUCCUCGCCACGUGCCCCACGUCGUUCCUCGAGCUUACGCAGACGACACAGCGCUGGUUCAUCGGCAGAUAUGGGAGCACCUUCC